CACACUCAGCUUGCCUACCUGGGCCCCUGGCUGUUCCCUGGUCCCUCCCAGGCCCUUGUUUGCCCAAGGAGUGCAGGCGUCGAGACGGGGCCCGCGGGGCAGUAGGAGCUCUGCAGAGAACUGGGGUCAGAGCUGAGCCCGGGGGCCCGACAGACCCCUCGCCAUGUCCAUUACGGUUCACCUGAAGAAGAUCACAAACCUUCCCGGCCGAUACGACCGUAAGGUAGAGCUCUCCUUCAGAGGUUUCACGCACAAAACCCGGAUCCUGCAGUGUGAAAAUGUGGCCAUCUUCAACGAGCACUUCAGGUGGCCUCACUAUGGGAAGAUCCUCAAGGACGAGAUGCUCUCCAUCAGCGUCUUCAACAGCAGCAAGGUCUUCAGCAACAGGUUGCUGGGAAAACUGGUCAUCAGCCUCCAGCACGUUGUGUCCGCUGGGAAGGUGGUGCUGCGGGAGCGGCUGACGGACAGCAACUACAGCCUGACAGACAUGUACAUCGAGCUGGACGUGCGUUACCACCCGGUGCAGGGUGCUAUCGGCGGCUGGGAUGGGGAGGAGUUCCUCAGUGUGGAGGAUGGAGACGACUCUGGACUUGUGAUCAGAAAUUCUGGCUUUUCUGAACCAGGGUCCAAGCCGGCAAGCCGUCCCGAGCAGCUGGACCGCGAGACGAGGAAACUGGGCCGCAGUCUGGUGAAGACUGGGGAGGAUGACGAUGAAGAGUACGAUGAUGACGAUGAUGAUGACUAUGACGCGGCAGACAUGGAGUGUGCAAACAUGACCCUCACUUCCAUACUGAGUCGUUGCAGGCCCCUCUCCAAACAUGAGCUAGCAGCUGCGCCGAAGCUGCAGGCCUUCCAGCUGAACGUUAAUGUGGUGGAGGCCCAGAAACUGGUGGGCGUGAACAUCAACCCGGCUGUGUACGUCAUGGUGGGGGAUGAGAAGAGGCACACGACCACGCAGAAGUCCACCAACUGCCCCUUUUACAAUGAGAACUUCAUGUUUGAGUUCCAAGAAACGCAGGAGGUUUUGUUCGACAAAGUGAUCGAAAUAUCAGUUGUCCACAAAAAGGCGCUGGGAUUUCUUAUGACUCGAAUCGGCACCUUUAAGAUCGACAUCAGCACAGUGUACAGUCAGCCGGACCAUCGGUUCUACCAUAAAUGGGCCCCCCUCACAGACCCCAAAGACACGCGGACAGGGGUCAAGGGUUACGUCAAGUGCACCCUGAGUGUGGUGGCGAAAGGAGACUUUGUGGGCAUGCCCAGCAUCCCGAGUGUGGGCAGCCAGAAUGACGAGAUCGAAAAGAAUCUCCUCCUGCCCAAGCGGAUGCCCGUAGAGCGGCCAUGGGCCAAGUUCUUGCUGAAGGUCUACAAAGCAGAGGGCUUGCCCAGCAUGAAUGCCGGCUUCUUGGGCAGCUUCUCCAAGAUGAUGGGGGAGAAGAAAGUCUUCAUUGAUCCCUAUGUGCAGAUCACAUUUGCAGGCCAGCAGGGAGAGACAUCGGUGGAGACGAACACAAAUGUUCCUCAAUGGAAUGAACAAAUCUCCUUCAUUGAACAGUUCCCCCCUCUUGCUCGGAGGAUAAAAAUUCAAAUCAUGGACGAUGCAAACAUCGGGGAUGUUGCAGUAGCAACACACUUCCUGGACCUCCAGCAGAUCUCUAAUCCCAACAGGAAUGGGUAUCACCCUACCUUUGGGCCAUCAUGGAUCAACCUGUAUGGCUCGCCUCAGAACUCUGCCCUUAGGGACAUCCACCGUGACCUGAAUGAGGGUUUGGGUGAGGGCAUCUUCUACCGAGGCCGCAUUCUAAUUUCACUCUCUGUGGAGGUGUACACAUCACCUGCGGCCACUGUAGUGGAGAGCAAGUCUGUGGCUGCGGUCAAAAGCACACUCAGCAGGCUCACGCUCAAGAAGAAGAGUAAGAAGUCCAAGGAGAAGAAGGACCAUGAAGCAGUGCAAGGGCGCGGUGGACCGGAAGAGGAACGGGAAGAAACAGGUUCAGACUUGCCCAGUGCUGUCACCGUGGAAGUGGAAGAGAUUCACCCCCUCCCGGAGAAUUUUGUGGGUCAGAAAGAAGAGUUCCUGCUCUUUGCAUCACUCUUUGAAGUGACCAUGAUUGAUCCAUCUAUAGGCACUAGACUGGUCACUUUCGAGCUGUCUAUCGGGAACUAUGGGAAGGCUGCUGAUGUGGUGGUGAAGUCCAAGAAAAGCGCGGCCUCAGAGAACCUGGGGGAUGAUAGACAGCCAUUGUUGGAGUCUUCGGAGGAUGAGUUGGAGAAAGAAGACGUCCCCGUUCAGGGAAAAUCCGUUACAUCCCCACGGAGACCCCAGCCCACUGAGUAUGACAGGUCAUUUAGCUGCAUCCCCAUGCUACUUGAAAAACCAUGCAUCUACGUGUGGAACUACUGCGAGGACCACAGCUUCCGCCUCUAUAACCGCAACUGGCUCUCAAAGAUGGCAGACAGACUGGAGUAUGGCAUCGACGAGGUGGAGAAACUCCUGAAAAGGCCCAGGAGUAAGGCCAAGGAACGCCUUGUAGAGGUGCUCCUGGAGUUUGUGGCCAGCUGCAAGCACUACAAUGCCAACACAAACCGAAAGACACUGACUCGGGCAAACAACCUGGACAGAUGUCGCUUGGAGUUCAUCAAGAAGAACAUUAUCAUUUUGGCCAAGCAAGCGCUGCGAGCAAGACGGAGGGUUACCAAUCGCACAGUGAAGGAGAAGCUUGGAGAUGCCAAGAAGAUAAUGAAAAGGCUCCGGUUCCUCUCCCAAGAGCCCCAGAGCACACUGCCGGAUGUGUUUCUGUGGAUGAUGAGCGGGGGUAAGCGGAUAGCCUAUGCUAGGAUCCCUGCACACACCAUCUUGUUUUCAAUGGUGGAGGAGGAGAAGGGCAAAGACUGUGGGAAACUGACCACCAUUUACAUGAAGACACCAGGGGGGCCACUAGGAGAGAUCUUUGCCAAGCUCGAGGUGUACCUGUGGCUUGGGGUCACCAAGUACGCCAAGAACAACCUAAACAGCUUGCCUGCAGAGUUCCGGCCAGUAUACGAGGAGGCCGUCUCCGUCGCUGCCAUCCCCCCCAAUAUGCCCCCAACCAAGCUCGUCUGUGAAGACAGCCGCUACUUCCAGCUGCGGGCACAUGUAUACCAGGCCCGGGGCAUCCUGGCUGCCGAUGACAACGGGCUCUCGGACCCCUUUGCCAAGGUGGUGCUCUCCACGCACUGCCAGGUGACGCGGAUCAUGGAGGAGACCCUGUCUCCCACAUGGUGCGAGCUGCUGCUGUUUGAGCAGAUCCUUAUCGAAGGCAGCAAGGACGAGCUGCGCAGCGACCCGCCCGUCAUCGUCAUCAGCCUCUACGACUGGGACAAAAUUGGCAGUCCGGAGCCGCUGGGUCGAGCCUUCGCGGAGCCUGAGCUGAAGUUCGUAGAGGAGGCCUACAAGAAGCCCGCGCUGCAGUUCUUUGACAUCACCAAGGGCAAGAGCCAGGCUGGAGAGCUGCUGGCUGCCUUCGAGCUCAUAGAGCUGGAUUAUGCCAACUUUGUGGAGCCAUCCCUCCCUCUGGACGUGGAGCCCCGAGAGCCCAUGUAUCUGCAGGAGCACCGGUGCUACGUCAUUCCCGAGGGAGUGAGACCAGUCCUGCGCAAGUUCCGCAUCGAGGUGCUGUUCUGGGGCCUGAGGAACCUGAAGCGUGUGAACUUGUUCGAGGUGGAGAAACCACAGGUGCUCAUCGAGUGCGCUGGACAGAGGAUCCAGUCUGAGGAAAUCGAGAACUACAAGCUGAACCCAAACUUUAAGGACGUGGUGAAGCACUUUGAUGUGGAGCUGCCAGAGCUGGUCUACCUCCACCCUCCGCUCACCAUCUUCAUCAUGGAGCAGCGGGCGUUCGGCCGAUUGGUCCUGGUGGGCACGCAUGUGGUUCAGAGCCUCAUGAACUUUGCCCCAAAGAACCUGGAUGAGUGGAAGGAGGAAGAGGAAGAGCCGGAGCCCGAGCGGAAGAUGCCCCCGAAGGUGACAACAGCCCUAAACACAGUGAUGAGCAUGGACCUCAGGGGACUUCCCCUCAAAGACUCCAAGAUUCCCAUCAACCCCAUAAACCUGGUCACUGUUCCCCUCAAGAAGGUGAAGUCAAAGGAGGAGGAACUCGAGGAGGAGAGCCCGGAGAAGGAGGAGCUUGAUUGGUGGUCCAAAUAUUACGCCUCGCUGGAAGAGCUACAGAAACAGUCGGACGAGGACGAAGAGAACGAUGAUCAGGAAGCAGAUGGUGUAAAUUUCAACAUCGCAGCCAUUGAGGUAGAAGAGGAGGAUGUAGUGGUAAUUGAAAUGGAGCCCCCCAAACCAAAGAGGAAAAAGAUAGCAACCCUGAAGCUCUACAAAUCUGAGCUGGAAAACGAGUUCAACAAUUUCAUGGACUGGCUGCACACGUUCCCCAUCUAUAAAGGCAAGGCAAACUAUGACGACGAGGAUGAAGAUGAAGAUGAAAGAACCAUGGGGAAAUACAAGGGCUCCUUCUUGAUUUAUCCUAUCUUGCCCGAAGAGGAGGAUGCCGAGGGGCAGAUAACGAACGGAAUCCCUAAAAACCUCCCCAUCAAAGUCCUCGUGAGAGUUUACGUGGUCAAGGCGACAAACCUGGCCCCCACGGACCCCAACGGCAAGGCAGAUCCGUACAUAGUGGUGCGAGUUGGUCAGCAGCAGAUGGACACCAAGGACCGUUACAUCCCCAAGCAGCUGCACCCAGUGUUCGGAGAGGUGUUUGAGCUGACGCUGUCCUUCCCGCUGGAGACCGAACUCACCCUCAUGGUGUUCGAUCAUGACCUAGUGGGCUCAGAUGAUUUGAUCGGGGAAACGCAUAUCGACUUGGAGAAUCGCUUCUACAGCCGACACCGUGCAGGAUGCGGUAUUGCCCUGUACUACGAUAAAGAUGGGUACAACCAAUGGAGGGAUGCCAAGAAGCCCUCCGCCAUUCUGGCUGAGCUGUGCCGUAAGAACGGGAUCCCCUCGCCAGAGUACCGAGAGGCAGAGGUCAAAGUGCUCAACAAGAUCUUCAAAAUUCCCAGCGAUGCCUUUCCAGAAGAGCUGGUGAAGAAGAACAAGAAGACAGAGGAAGACCUGGAUGAGCUGGAUGAGCACAAGGCCCUUAGCGUGCUGCACCGCUGGGGUGAGAUGAGGGAGUUCUGUGUGGGCUCGGAGCCUUUGGUGCCAGAGCACGUGGAGGUUCGCUCCCUGAUGAACACUGACAAGCCGGGCCUUCCCCAGGGACACUUGCACAUGUGGGUUGACAUGUUUCCCGUUGAUGUUCCCGCUCCAGCGCCAGUCAAUAUUAAGCCCCGCCUUCCAGUAAGCUACGAGCUCCGAGUGAUAAUAUGGAACACGGAUGAUGUGGUGCUGGAUGACGUGAACCCCUUCACCGGUGAACCUUCUACUGAUAUCUAUGUGAAAGGUUGGAUCAAGGGACUGGAAGGAGACAAGCAGGAAACGGACGUCCACUUCAACUCACUGACUGGAGAGGGCAACUUCAACUGGCGCUUUGUAUUCCGUUUUGACUAUCUGCCCACGGAGAAGGAGAUCACCUAUAAGAAGAAAGAGUCCAUUUUCUCGCUGGAUGAGUCAGAGUUCCGUCAACCUGCAGUACUGGUGCUGCAGAUCUGGGACUAUGAUCGCAUUGCAGCCAAUGACUUUCUGGGGUCCAUAGAGCUGCGUUUGAAUGACAUGGUGCGGGCAGCUAAGGCCUCGGAGCAUUGCACCGUGAAAAUGGCCAAAGACAAGGCCAGCCCACGCUUCUCCAUCUUCCGCAGCAAGAGGAUGAGGGGCUGGUGGCCUGUCAUCAAGCUCAAGAGCCAGGAGGACAUUGAGAGGGAGCUGCGUGAGGCUGAGGAGGCCAAGAAGAACAAGAAUAAGAAAAAGAAGAAGAAAAGUAAGCGGAAUCAGAUGAAGCUGGAGGACCUGCAGUUUGUGGAUGCCAGCGGGAACACUUUCCUGUUGAUGGGCAAAGUGGAGGCUGAGUUCCAGCUGGUCACAGUGGAGGAGGCCGAGAAGAAUCCUGUGGGCAAAGCGCGCAAGGAGCCAGAGCCGUUGGAGAAACCCAAUCGUCCCAAGACGUCUUUCAACUGGUUCGUGAACCCCAUGAAGACCUUUGUCUUCUUCAUCUGGAAGAAGUAUAAGAAGUACAUCAUCGCCCUAGUCAUCCUUGCCAUCCUCACUCUGUUCCUGGCGCUCAUUCUCUACACGCUGCCCAAUCACAUCAGCCAGCUGAUUGUUAAUGGAUGAGUGGAACGAACCGGACUCCACCGGGACGUUCCACUCUAUUUUUGUGCAGCGCUCCUAGUUCAGGUUUGCUGAGAAGCACUUGACAAUGUCAACAUUAAAAAAAGAACAAGGUCAUGGAGGUAAACAAAUGUCAUCAAUCACAUUCAUGACUCGACUAACACAAGUAACCAGUGUGCAUCAGUUUAUUCGUGUGAAAAUAAAUGGGGGGAAAAAAUCAUUUAAUAUGAUGAUUGAAUCAGUUUGUAACGUCACAUUUCAUUUAAAUGUUGCCAUGCCUUCAGCUGCUGUAUAUAUAUGUUAUGUCAUAUUAACUUUAUAUUAGCUGUUGAAAAUAUUGUAAGUAUGAAAUUCCAGUGAUUUUGUUUUGAUAAAGCAGUUACUGUCCUCUUCGAUGCCACAAAUGAGUAACACAGUAAAUUGGUGGAUGAGCAGUGCUCUCUAACUCAGGUGACCUAUGCUGCACUUAAUGACCAUGAUUUUUUUUUAUGUCAAUACUGCACUUUUUGCUGUAGGAAAGCAACAAAGAAUUUCCUAUGAGAAAUACACUGAAUUAAUUUGCACUUCAAGAAGAGAAAAUAUUUCACUGUGACUGAGACUGUCCACAGCAAAUAUAAACUCGUGUUUUUCUGGAAAGCAAGUAAUGUAUAAAGAACUUCAUGUUUCAGUUAAGCUUUGUUAUUCAGUUUACUUUUUAAAUCUGCUGCUUUAUUUAAUUAUCAAAACCAGCCUUUUAUUCAUAGUCUUCAUACGGACACAACUUGUACACUAGUUAUGGAAAAAGUUGUGUAUUUUUGCUAAUCUUCCUAUUUGUAAUGAUCAACAUCCUAUACUCUGUAAAUGAGUAAAUCACUGUAAAUAACGUGACAAACUAAAACCUCACACUGUAAACCGCUUUGGAUUGAAGCAUCAUGCAAAUAAACAGAUGUGAAUUAAAUAUUAUU